AUGGCGUCAACUUUUGACAUGGAAGACACUGUGUUACACACGCCGAAGUUCGUUGAAACAAGUUUUGACUUCAGUUCUAUAUUCUCAUCCAAAGACCUCCAUGCGAGCAUGGAGAACAUACCAGAGCCUAUGGACAUUGGUCAGUGUAGUGGCAUACCUUCAAAAGGAACAUGUACUAAACUUCCAGAAGAUCGAUUUCCCACAGAAGACUCCUCUUCCAUAUUUUCAGAAAAGAUGGAAAGCAACAGCGUACCUGAUACCAUAGUUUCCAGCAGCGAAAGCAUUCCAGUAAAACUUCCUAACUACAAUCUCCGUCAGAGGUCGAUCAAAAACCGAAUCGAAACUGAAAUCAGGAUAAGAAAAGUUCCAAGCAAGAAGCCCCCCAAACCAAAACAAAGACCAGCACCCCUGAGCAAAUACCGUCGCAAAACGGCGAACGCAAGGGAAAGGACUCGCAUGCAAGAACUCAACGACGCGUUCGAGAACUUGCGGAAAGUGGUGCCUCAGUUCCCGCGCAAAACUGGUGAUGACAACACCAAGCUCACUAAAAUCACAACACUGAAGCUGGCAGUCAAUUACAUCGCAGCUCUCUCACAGAUCCUAAAGCAGGCGGAUUCCAACAAGAAUAGUGGAUCCAAUCCUAAUGAUAGGUUUGCUUCCGACAAUGCGUGUCCGAGUGUGGAUGCAAUAGACCCCAUGGACCUUUUGGGUGAUUGCCUCCUUGACAAUUCGUUCGAUCUCAUCCUAACUUCAGAUGGUGAUAGUCUGUCUCUCAGCGAGGACCUCAAUGUUUAG